AUGGCAAUCGGCGAGUCCAAAGAUGAACGUGACCAAAGAGUUGCAAAACUCUGGGAAAGCCUGGACGUCCAGAAAAAAGGUCAACUCGAUAUCAAUGGCUUGAAGAAGGGGUUCAAGAGGAUUGACCAUCCUCUGAAAAAUGCGGAUGACAUGGUACGAAAUAUCUUGCAGACGGUCGACACCAACGGCGAUGGAUACAUAGACUUCUCUGAAUUUCGAGCUUUUGUCGACCAUACCGAGCACGGGCUAUGGCAACUCUUCCAGAGCAUCGAUCGCAACCAGAAUGGAGUGAUAGACAAGAACGAACUGAGGGCUGCCUUUUCCCGUUCUGGGAUCACGUUGUCUAGCGCUAAACUAGACGCCUUCUUUGAGGAUGUUGACUCAAACAAGGAUGGUGUCAUUUCAUAUCCAGAGUGGAGGGACUUCCUUCUAUUUCUUCCCGCCCACUCGCCGUCCGACCUGCACGCCGUUUUCUCAUAUUAUACGGCCACGGGCAAUCUAAACCCGGAAGGAGAUGUCCACAUCAAUGAUCUGCAGGGUUUAGGUACAGACCACUCGUUUCUUAAGCGUUAUCUUUUGGCCAUCAAAGACAUUUUGUACAAUAUCUUCCCUGUGCACGCUUUGACAGCCUUGGUUCCAUCAGCUUACGCCGAAGCCGGCGGGACGUUAUUGUUGGGCGCCGCGUUAGAGCAUGAUUCUCUCCCUUUAGACGAUGACUUCGAGUUGGAGUGGCUGCCCAUACCCAGGACUGUCGCCAUGUGGAUGUCCUUCCGAUAUGUUGAACAGAAGUUGACCGAGAACACUCCUCAAUUAGGUUAUUUUCUUGCGGGCGGGAUCGCAGGCGCCGUAUCAAGAACAGCCACCGCGCCUUUAGAUCGACUUAAAGUUUAUCUUAUCGCCCAGACUGGCGCGAAGAAGAGUGCUGCUCAGGUGGCGAAGGAUGGUGCUCCCUUGAAGGCAGCUGGCUGUGCUUCCAGGACACUUGUCGGUGCGGUAAAGGAGUUAUGGCGUGCUGGGGGGAUACGGAGCUUGUUUGCCGGCAACGGCUUGAAUGUCGUUAAAGUUAUGCCCGAAUCAGCCAUCAAAUUUGGAGCCUACGAGUCCGCAAAACGUGCCUUCUCUCGUCUUGAAGGACACAACGAUCCUAAACGACUCCAGCCUACGUCGCAGUUCCUGUCCGGUGGAUUUGGUGGGAUGGUGGCCCAAUGCUUUGUCUACCCUCUUGAUACCCUCAAGUUCCGAAUGCAAUGUGACACCGUCGAGGGUGGCUUGAAAGGCAAUCAACUCAUCGCGGCUACUGCUCGAAAAGUGUGGAACAAAGCAGGCCUCCUGGGCUUUUUUCGUGGGUUGCCUCUAGGCCUCAUUGGCAUGUUUCCUUACGCCGCCAUCGAUCUGUCAACUUUCGAAUAUUUGAAACGCGUUCUCCUUGCACGGCAAGCCCGGAUUAACCACUGCCAUGAAGAUGAUAUUCCCCUCAACAACUUCACCACAGGAGCAAUCGGUGCUCUGAGCGGCGGGUUCAGCGCUUCCGUUGUUUACCCACUGAAUGUCCUUCGUACCAGACUACAGGCCCAAGGCACUGUACUUCACCCCACAACAUACACCGGUAUCGCUGAUGUUGCGCGAAAAACACUCCAAACUGAAGGCCCCCGUGGCUUUUACAAAGGACUUACGCCAAAUCUUCUCAAAGUAGCACCCGCCGUGUCGAUCAGCUACGUUGUAUAUGAGAACUCGAAACGAAUGCUUGGACUGAGAUAA